AUGGAAGAAGAGCGCUCGCCUCUCUACAGUAUCGCGUCGCGAGAUUCAGAGAUUUGCCCUGAGCGUCGCUGCGAACCAUCUCCAUCCAAGGCGACAUCAUCACCCUCACUUUCACCCGCACCUUGCAUCGCAUCAUCACCUUCCGUACUCCUCGUUCCGAAGGAUUCACCACGCUACGAAGCACAUCACAUCGCAAUGCCAGGCGUCUAUGGAGGCGACGAGAUCAAUGCUCUCGUCAUCGAUGCAGGUCACUCUUCCAGCCGUGUCGGUUGGGCAGGCGAGGACGCACCUCGAGUAGUCGUGCCCUCCUACUACGGACACACCUCCAUCACCGACGAAGCCAUCGCCGAACUUGAAUCGCAAGCUGCAUUCUCUGCUGCAUCUUCCUCCACCAUUGCGCCCGCAGCCGAUGGUGACGAGUCCAUGGCCGACGGCGAAGGUGCAUCUACACCCAACGGCAACAGCGACGCCGCCGCCACAGAGGAAGCCUCCGACAACCGACUCAACCAAGCACGUGCGAAAUCCGCCAGCAAGACGCUCCGCUUCUCCGUCGAUCGCGAAAAGAAACGUCGUCGAUUCGUCGGCGACAACGACCUCAACCUCUACCGACUCGAUUUCGACAUUGCACCCAUCUUUGACGACGACGGCAUCCUCUCCGACACAUCCGCAUUCGCACAGCUGUGCUCGUUCGGUCUCGACUCGCUCUCGUGCGAUGCACGCGAACAUCCCCUGUUGCUCACCGAACCGGCGUGGAAUGCCCGCGAAUCGAGGGAGAAGCUCACCGAGUUGGCGUUCGAGACGUUGGGUAGUCCGGCGUUCUACCUGGCCAACAGAUCCGUGCUGAGCAGCUUUGCGGCGGGAAAGCCUAGCAGCUUGGUGAUCGAUGUUGGCAGCACGAGCGUUUCCACCAUCCCCAUCGUCGACGGGUUCAUCCUUCGAAAGGGCAUUCACAGGCACAACAACGGUGGAGAUGCGAUCAACCGCGCAUUGCUCUACAGCCUGCACCACGGUCGAGGAACCACGUUCGGUGGAGUGACACCGCAGUAUCUCAUCAAGAGUCGAUCCUCUGUCGACCCUGGUGCUGCUGCCAACGUCGUGUUGAGGCAAGACCGCGUCACGGGUGCUACGCCUUCCUUCCGCAACUACCACGUCAACCGCGUCGUCAACGAAUUCAAGGAGAGCGUAGCGCAGGUGCUCGAGGUACCUUGGGACGAUCAGCAGGCGCAGUUCCGAAGCGGAAGGAUGUACGAGUUCCCCGACGGCUACAACGAUGCCUUUGGUGCGGAGCGACUGCGAGCUUCCGAAUUGCUCUUCACCCCUGGGCUGUGGAACGGUGUUUCCUCCAGCGAAAGCUUCGGUUCCGUCCUUCAUCCUUCUUCCACCGCUUCCUCUGACGCUAGCAAUGGAGGCGCUGCUGGUGGUGUUGGCAACGGUGAACCAGCUGCCAGCGUGGCUGGCGGGAAAGCUGCUGUAGGACUGGCUGAUAUGGUCCUGUCUUCGAUCAACGCUGUCGAUGUUGACUCGCGUCCCAGUCUCUUCGGCAACAUUGUUCUGGUCGGUGGAAGUUCGCUCAUCCAAGGGUUGUCGGAUAGGUUGAGCUACGAACUCGGUGUUAGAGCUCCCAAUCAGAAGGUCAAGAUCCACUCGCCGGGAAACACCACUGAACGCAGACACUCUUCUUGGUUGGGCGGAAGCAUCUUGGCUAGUCUGGGAACGUUCCACCAGCUCUGGAUCUCGAAACAGGAGUAUGAAGAACAUGGAGCUGCCAUCGUUCACGCUCGAUGCAAGUAG